UUGGGGACACAAUCGAGUGGAGAUAUCGAGGGAACGCAAAGGUAGGGGACCCCCUGAUUCUGUAUCUUCUUCUUUCACUUACCUACCCUCGACCUUUAUCUCUCCCUUUUAGCCGGCGGCGAUCAAUCAGAACGGAAUUGUUGCCGGAAUUGUUGCCGGGGUGAGAAUAUGAAGAUAUAUGUGAAAACUCUCAAGGGGACUCACUUCGAGAUCGAAGUUAAACCCGAGGAUUCGAUUUCUGAUGUGAAGAAGAACAUAGAGACUGCGCAGGGCGCAGAUGUAUAUCCUGCUGCGAAACUCAUGCUUAUUCACCAAGGUAAAGUUCUUAAAGAUGAGACAACAAUUGAGGAGAACAAAGUUGCUGAGAACAGUUUUAUUGUCAUUAUGAUGACCAAGAGUAAACCUGUUUCAGCAGGAGCAUCUAGUGCAUCUGCUGGUACUACCCUGACCAAGGCGAUACCUCCCUCAACAUCACAGCCUUCAGUUCCCCCUCAGACUGCUGCUUCUGUAGCAACACCAGUGGCACCUGCACCAACACGUGCACCACCUCCUGCACCGACACCUAUGCCUACACCUGCACCUGUAGCUGCAACUGAAACUUUGACUGCACCUGUACCUGCAACUGAAAUUGUGACUGCACCUGUACCCGCUACUAUACCCACAAGCACCCCUGCACCAGACUCAGCUCCUGUUGGAAGUCAAGGUGAUGUUUACGGACAAGCAGCAUCAAAUCUAGCCGCUGGAAGUAAUUUAGAGAGUACCAUUCAGCAGAUUCUUGACAUGGGUGGAGGAACCUGGGAUCGUGAUACUGUUGUUCGUGCACUACGUGCUGCAUUUAACAACCCUGAAAGAGCUGUGGAAUAUCUUUACUCUGGGAUCCCUGAGCAAGCUGAAGUUCCACCAGUUUCCCGUGCUCCAGCUAGUGGUGGACAGCCAGCGAGUCCUCCAGCACAGACUCAACAACCUGCAGCAGCACCCGCAAGUGGUCCUAAUGCAAAUCCGUUAAAUCUCUUCCCACAGGGCUUGCCAAAUGUUGGCGGAAAUCCUGGUGCCGGUACACUUGAUUUCCUGCGCAACAGCCAACAGUUCCAAGCUCUGCGAGCAAUGGUGCAAGCAAACCCUCAAGUUCUGCAGCCUAUGCUUCAGGAACUGGGAAAGCAGAACCCAAACUUGAUGAGGUUGAUUCAAGAUCACCAGGCUGACUUCUUACGCUUAAUCAAUGAACCCGUUGAAGGAGGGGGUGAGAGUGGCAACCUCCUUGGCCAUAUGGCGGCGGGAAUACCACAGCCACAGGCGAUUCAAGUCACGCCUGAGGAACGUGAAGCAAUUGAACGGCUUGAAGGAAUGGGAUUCGACAGAGCACUGGUAUUGGAAGUGUUCUUUGCGUGCAACAAGAACGAAGAGUUGGCUGCAAAUUAUCUUCUAGAUCACAUGCAUGAGUUCGAGGAAUAAGCUUUUACACUAAAACUUACCUUUCUGUAUCAUUGUCAUUGGUCCAUAUAUGUUUGUCUAUAUGUAUUUAUGUGGUGGGAUACCAAGUUUGAACCAGAGAUAUGACCUUGACGUCGUCACUUUGUCUAUGCUCAUGGCUGAGUUCUCAGUUUAAAAAUGGAGUUUCUCUUCUCAUC